CAGUUGGAUUUAUGCAUAUAUAUAUAUAUAUGUACGUAUAUAGAUAUAUAUGACGAAAUUAUUGAAUGCGUAAGCUUAAGAAGUCGAAUCAAAACCUGAAGUAGAAGGAAAAAGCUUCCGACACUUUUAUUAGAGAGGAGAAGAGCGACGUGGAGGAUAUAAAUUGAGUGAGAUGGAGGAGGGACCUAGUGAGAGAAUGGUAGGUUCCGAUCCAAACCCUAGCACGAGAGACUCCAACGCUCCUCCUUCCGAUGGCUCUUGUCCAAUCUGUUUGGGGCCUUUGGGCGCCUUCAGCAUUCCUUCCCGAACUCAGUGUGGCCACUGGUACUGCGCUGGUUGCAUUUUGCGGUGGUGGAAUGAUGGUUCAAAGCCUUGCAAGUGCCCCUUAUGCUCUCGACCCAUUAGUAAGUUGACAACAGUGACAUCGAUGCACCACCAGCAGGAAGAGGGGGUUACUAAGGCUUUGGAAAAUAUUAGGAAAUAUAACCGCCUUUUCGGCCCAAAGAAGGGACUUGUGUUACCACUGAUCAUCAAGAGAAUAUUUCAUCACCUUCACAAAUUAUGCUUUGUUGCAAUAUCGCUGGCUGCCCUCUACAGUUUCUGCUCCUUUGACUUCCCUAAAAUAGGGGAUUUGAGUGCCGCUGUAGACUUCUUCGACUACUGUGCUACCGCUUUGGUAGUCAUCCUAUAUUUGAUUGGUCUUUGUCGCAUUCGUCGUCUCCAAGAUGGGGGUUUCGUUAUCCACCUCACUGCACCACGGAUGAGAAUGCGUGAUUCACACCUGAUAUACUAGAAGCUUGCCAUACAAUUUGAACCGAUUUGAGUUUGUAUGGCAAUCGUGUUCUUUGACUGGGUAAAGAAAACUAUUUACUUCGAUUUAAUCUGCAAGAAAGCUAGACAAACUUGUUGGAUUUAAAUUUAAGCCAGAAUGGGCCGGGUCUCCGGUUAGAGUCUCACCUGAGAGGGCCGAGUUUAAAUGAUGCACGCUUUUUGUGGGUGAUUGCCUUGAUCCAGAGUUUGCAAGCUAUUGAGAGUCCAAAAAUAACCAGCGGGUGAAGUAUAUAUAUAUAUAUAUAUAUAUAUAGAUAUUCCAAAUGAUAUUUUUAA